UCCGGGUAUCAUAUUCAUAUUACUGAACACUCAGCAUGUUUGUGUCAUGUUACUUUUUCAUAUUUAAAUGCAUUCAAAUUUUAUGUAUACUUGCAAUGAAUUUAUAUAGCAGGAAGUUAAACUAGCUAGGUACAAACACCAAAUUCUAAUAAGUGAAUUAUGUGAAAAUUGGAUAAAAAUGAAAUUAUAGGAAAAUAAAGUUAAACUUCAUCUUAAAGAACUAAGUUUCGAUAAAAGUUGACAAUAUUGCAGAUUCUUAUAAAUAAGAAACGGAUAUGGAAAACAGCUCGGAAAAAGUGUCCUCGGUAUCGAACAAGGAGUUUAUACACACGCCUUGCGACCACAAUGACCUUUGUAUGGAGUCAGAAGACUAUUUUGACUAUAUGUUUAAAGAUAUUACAGAUCCAAAGCCGUACGAGUGGAUAAUUAUAUCAAUUAGCUUUGCUGUUUUUGUCGUAGGAUUUGCCGGGAAUAUGCUCGUGUGCUUUACUAUUUACCGAAUGAUGAGCAUGCGUACUGUGACAAACUUGUUUCUGUUGAACUUGUCAAUAGCAGACAUCCUCGUUCUAUUUAUUUGUCUGCCUACAGCAGUCUUGACAGACGUCACCGAAACCUGGUUCCUGGGGACAGCUUUUUGUAAAAUAACCCAGUUUGUGACCACGACAACCAUCGCGGUAUCUGUGCUCACUUUGACGGCAAUCUCUGUGGAACGCUGGUACGCCAUUUGUCAUCCGCUCAGUUUCCAUAGCACCGUUCGACGAGCACGGGCGAUCAUUGUAGUCAUUUGGUUGCUGUCCUCAUGCAUUGCACUGCCCGAAACAAUAGCUGCAGAGGAGGUUCGCCAAUGGGACGAUUCUGUAUUGUUUGCCGCCUGCUAUCCUGUGAGAUUGGAGCCAACUGGUCUAAUGAUUUGGCAAUUCUGCCUGAUCAUCGGGUUGUACGUGUUGCCGAUCUGCCUGAUGGGAUUCACAUACACCCAUAUUGCAUACGUACUCUACACUGGCGGAGUACCGGGAGAAUCUAGAACUCAACGACCAAUGUUAGCCAGUUCUGGAAAGGAAAAUGAGGAUCAGUUAGAUGCUAGAAAGAAAGCAGCAAAAAUGUUAUUUGCCAUUGUUGUUUUAUUUGCUCUAUGUUUUUUACCGAAUCAUCUGUUGAAUAUAUUGAGGUAUGCUGAUGUAUUGGAUGAUGUGGAGAACGCCAAAACAUUCGCCCUUGUUGCCCAUCUUGCUAUAUUUCUGAACAGCUGUCUGAAUCCCAUCAUUUAUAACUUUAUGAGUGACAAGUUCCGUAAGGCAUUCCGCCAGGUCAUGUGGUCCUGCCUCAAGUGCCGCUGUAAUAAUGCACGGGCCACAGGCGGAAUGAGCGAUGGCUUCAAAAGUACGUUUAGAAGAACGCCCACCAUGACUUUUAACCUUACCAUGAGGGGUAGAAAUGCAUCAACAAAACAGACCACGUCUUCAGCAGUAUAGUCGUGAUGAGGCAUAAAAAGCUGAAUUGCUUAUCUUUAGACCCACAUUUAGUUAACUUGUUAUUGUUUGGUACAAGUUUGCUAAACGAUAGUCGUACCAUCUGUAUACAUUUAUAAAAAUAUAUUCAUGCUCAUUAUAAACUCUUUCCAUUGAACAUUCCUUGCCAAAAGUUUUUCAUUGGUAUGAAUUGCUAGGAAUCAAUUGGGAUAUAAUUAUGUGUAGAAUUCAUAUAAAGUUAUACUGUGAAUGUUAAAAUGUUUUUAUUUGCAAUCAUACUCAUUUCUAAAUAUUGUAUUUUAACCCUGUCCAUUAUAACUUUAUUCUUGAUUAAAUUGGAAAUAUAUACAUUAGAUUUGUAUAACCUUUCGGCAGUGAAACACCAUUUGGGUUAAACAGAUUCGCUUUGUGUGGAUACAAUUGAGGCUUUUCUUAAAUUCUCAGUCCGCCUGAAUGACUAUGGUCCGGCUUAUCCAUCAUUGAUAAAUAAACGCCAGAAUCAAAUUUCAGAUAUUUUGCAGGACAAACCACAAGAAAAUAUAUUUAUACAAAACAUAGAUUUGUAAACCAUUAUAACCGUCACAUGAAAAUCGCACAAACAAGAUACAUUCUGAAAGAGAUAUAUUUUGAAAAGACAUGAGAAAACAUAACUAAUUAAAAAAACAGCAACAAAGAAAUCAUAAAGAGAAGCAAGGCAUAAUAUGUAUCCAAUCUUACGUUAAUGCCUCUUUUAACGAGAGUUCCACUGGUUUGAAAUUGUCAGCGAGAGGAAACAGGAAACCACAGGGACCCGAACCGACCAUAGAGUGCCAACUCAAACCAAAUCUCAAAUGAAUGCUGAUGACAGAAAUAAUAACAUAUUUUCAAAGCAGUCUUGGUUUGUUUGAGACUUUUUAUUACCAAUAGUUGUAGGUACAAUACUUCGUAGCAAUGACUUAGUUGGUAUGUUGUCAGCAUUCUUUGUUUGUCGGAGACUUUUAAUUUUUUCAUACCUACAGUAUUAGUAGGUGCAACACUGAUUUGGACUGAGCAAACGCAUUAACUAUAACUAAACAAUGGAAACCAGAAUGAUUUAAUUUACGUUUAUUGUUUAUAGAACUAUGAAUACUCGUUCGAACUCUUAUAUUCCUUAAUAUACAUGUUUGUUUGUUUUGUUAUGUUUUGAACAUACGAUAUUUGCUGAUAAUUUUGUU